AUGGUCCAAUUCGAUAAAGGUCCCGACGCGGUAUUGGUUGGAGGCAUCACCGGUGGCGUGGCAUUAUGCUUGGGUUUGAUCCUCAUCACAGCCUGGUACAUCCAUCGCAGGAAGAAAGGCAUGUCGUUGCUGCCCACCACCGACCUAUCGACAGGGCUACCCACGAAACAAUGGGCCAGCACACCGGGGGGAGUCCCCAUCAGCUGGAGCUACCCAGACAUCGUCUCGCAUUCUGCCGAAGCCAGGAAAUCCGCAUCGUCUGGUUCCAAGAAAAGCAUCUUCCAACUGGUUAACCGUCAGUGGACUCUACCUAGUGUUCCACAGAGACACCAGAAUUUCCAGCGUAUGCUCUCACACAGACUUAAUCUCUCGCAGAUUGAGUUUACAGUUCAAAGCGUUAAGCAGAAAGAGCAACAAGACCUCGGAAUAAUCAAACCCGAGCUAUACAAGCAAGCCUCGGUGGACAGCUUAAAAUCCGAGCACAUACCAAGUGGCAAGCUCUUUUUUAGCCUGAGGUACAGUCAAGAAGAUGCCUUGCUGUUGGUAAACAUUCAGCGUGCCGAGAAUCUGCCAGCUAAAGACUUUUCAGGAACUUCUGACCCUUAUGUGAAAAUUUACCUUCUUCCGGAUAGGAAAACAAAGUUUCAAACAAAAGUACACAGGAAAACCCUGAAUCCAGAAUUUAACCAAACAUUCACUUUCAGUGUUCCGUAUGAGGAACUUCCUCAUCGGAUACUGCAGUUUAACAUCUACGACUUUGACAGGUUCUCUAGACAUGACGUCAUUGGAUCAGUUAAGGUGAAAGACAUUCUUGGCGAAGGGAGUUUGGCGAAGGAGACCUUUUUUGUUCGGGACAUCUACGCAUCUCAGCAG